AAAAACUUCUAUUCCCAUCCCCACUUCUCUUAUCUCCCGCUCUCUUCUCCCUCCACUCCCCAUGGCUGCCGUUGGCGUCACUUCUCCCUCGGCGCCGGGCACCGUAUCCGCGGCCAUCUCCUCUUCCUCGUCCACCCGCUCUCGCGUCCGCCUUCUCCCCACCCGAUUCCACGCCGCGGCUUCUUUCCGCGCGCGAUGCGCCGCCGCCGCGGCCGAAGGCGGGGCCACGGCAGCGGAUGACCCGGCCGGUGCGGUGGCAGAAGCGGCAGCGGAGGGAGACCCCGAGGCGGGGAAAGACGUCGCCGGAGGAGCCGCCACCUCGACGCUUCCUCCCUACUCCCUCAUCUCCGCGGCCAACGUGCAGAAGGCGAUGCGCGGUCUUGCAAUUACAGAUGCUGAUCACUAUGGGAGGCUUGGAAUCACCAGAUUAGCUUCAACUGAUGAGGUUAAAGCUGCGUAUGAGAAGAGGUGUGAACAGCUAAAUAGCCAAGGACUGGAAGAAGAGGAAAUCAGCAAGGAACAUGAUCUCUUAAAGGAAUCUUUCACCAUACUAUCAACCGAGGAAGAGAGAAGAUUGUAUGAUUGGAGCUUGGCAAGAAAUGGCCAGCCCGAGCGAUAUGUCUGGCCUUUCGAAGUUGAUCCCAUGGAAUUAGCACCAGACCCUCCAAAGGAACCAGAAGAUGAGUUACCAACAAAGCUUGUCGGCUACUUCUUCCUAGCAUGGUUCAUAAUUUCUGUGGCCUGCUCGCUGAUUCUCAACAGAUCAUGAAGUUCUCCCUAAAAGGAGAUGGAUCAUGACACAAUCCUAUCCUGCUUUAAUACGAAUCCUUUUCCUCCGACAGUCAUACUGUUUAUGUUAACUAGUUUAAAUACUUUAACUUGCAGUUUGUACAGCUCAAAUAUAUGAAUCUUUAUCAAUAUACCGAGAUGCAAAGUUUUUUGCGUUUUCUCGGGGAAAAAAAAAAGCUCUUUACAGGAGUAUUCCUGAGUUGCUGACCAUGUAUUGCGCACAGGAAUACGCCAUUAUGGUCUCUAUGUGUUCCCAGUGUUGUUGUGUU